UUGCUCGCCUCGCCUGCUCUUUACUCACUAGUCUUUCGGUGUGCGUGCGCGUGCGCGUGUGAAGGCGAGCAAGCGAGCGAAAGGAACAAGCGGAGGCGGCGGCUGCGGCUUCCGUUGCAUGUGAGGCGAGACCGCGAGAGGAGCGCGAGCCAUGUCGAUCGCACUGGAGAGCGAGCGCGGGCUGGGCAGCGGGCCUCGGUUCGGCCGCGUCGCCGGCUGCGCCUACGUGGCCUCGCCGCCGGCGUCGGCGGGGCUCGGCGGCUCGUCGUCGGUGGGGCGGGACACCAACAGCCCCGCUGCGGCGGCGCUGUGGGAAUGGGACGGCGAGGAGGUCGAGGGCGGCGACGGCGAGGUCCAGAGCUCGUACAAGGGCUCGCCUUUCGACACUAUGGACGCGCUCCAGGAGGCCCUGCCCUUCAGGAAAGGGGUGUGCAAGUUCUACAAUGGCAAGUCUGGAUCUUUUGGAAAGCUUCCAGAUGCUGUAAUUCCAUCUCCCCCGCAGAAGGACCUUCCAAAGCCAGAAACCCCAUCCCCUAGGAAGCGCAAAGGUCUUCUUCCAUUCACUUUCAAGUGGGGCAAACCGCAGCAUAAAGAGGUAUUCCCUGAAGAUGUCGCCGACAGCCUCACAAAUUGCAGGAUGGUGACGAUAUCACCUGCUGCCACAAGCAGCUCAGGAAGCAACAGUGGUAGCGAUGAUGAAAACUACCACUCUCAGAAACUGUCUUCCCAUCGCACGCACAGAAGGCCCAGCAAUGCCAUGGGUGUCUUUUCUUCUCUACCUGCGCCUCGUCCACCUCAGCUGUUCCCAGCUCACCUGAGAUCGCAGUCAAUGCUUGAUCUGCAGGAUGUGACGGACUCAUCUGCCUUGGUUACUCCCAGGGACAAACGCAUGAAGAAUUAGCAAAACCUGAAUCUUGGUUACUGCCAAGGACAAGAUCAUGAUGAAUUAGCAAAACCGGAAUCUUGGUUACUCCCAGGGAAAGGCGCAUGAAGACUUGGCAAAACCUGAACCAUGACGCUUUGUCAAUCCAACCACCGGUAUCCAUUUUAGACAGCGGAAUCCGGUGGCCGAUGCCCGCAUGUUAGGCUCCAUGCUUUGCUCGGUCAAAUGGACUCGUCUUCAUAGAGCUGGGAUUCUCCUUAUACUUGAUGUGAUGAGAAACAUACAGAUGAGCUUGAAUCAGUGGGCUGCAUACAUUGGUUACUGAUUGUCUUGUAAAUGCUGGAUUGUGCUUUUGUCUACUAAUUCAAUCAUGUUGUCCGUAAUGUUCCCUUGAA